AUGGCGUCCUUCCUGUGGAAAGGUAACAGGCUGGAGCGCCGUCUGGGUGGAGCCUGGUUCCUCUAUCUGCUGUCGGUCCUUCUUCCUGCUCACCGGGCGGGUCCUAUCUGGCUGCUGCAGGCGUGGCUGACUAAACUCAUCCAGGAGCCCGAUCCACUGUGGGACCUCAUCGACGCCCCUCGGCUCACAGCAGCGAGUGUGCUUCGCUCCCAGGACUUCUUGAUCGGUCACCUGUCGGGCAUCCUGGUGGGUCUGUUGUACACUUUGGGUCCACUGAGGAUCAUCAUGGAGACGUGUGCAGAGUCUGUGUCUUCAGAUAUGAAUGAUCCACGGCCGAGUACAUACUUCAACUUCUCAGGUCACAGUGGGACUGGUCCAGAGAGUCCACAGAAUGCUGAAGAUCGUACAGCAGAAGAUUGUACAGCUGAAGAUCGUACAGCUGAAGAUCGUACAGCUGAAGAUCGUACAGCUGAAGAUCGUACAGCAGAGGAUUGUACGGCAGAAGAUUGUACGGCUGUAGAUCGUAUGGCAGAAGAUUGUACGGCUGAAGAUCGUAUGGCAGAAGAUUGUGCAGCAGAUGACUCAUCUGAUUACAUCAAAACCGACCUGGACAGAAUGACGGAGGAGGAGCAGAUUGAACUGGCGAUCAGGAACAGCCUGAAUGACCGAGGACCGACGAGGCGGAGACGAACAGCACAACCUCCUUCUGGUUUCCACCCCACAGAGGAGGAGGAGGAGGCGAGCCCAGAGGAGAUCAGGAGGAGACGACUGAGGAGACUUGAAGAGGAAUUUUAUCACCAGAGGAGAAGAAGACACUUUUUGGAUUUAUGACGUAAUGUAAUAUUUCCAGUCUCUUACAGUGAUUUUGACUCCGACCAAGAAUGAACUUGGUCCACUGACUCUAAAACUCUGGAGGCUGCUGUUCACGUCCCGUCUCCAACAUUCACUGUUACUUUCCGUUUACAGUUUUUUCAAUUGCUAAAACUCAGUUUCUGAAACCUUGCUCCAUUUUCUUAAAACAUUCAACACAAAACCUCAUCAAAAAUCAAACUUUGACAGUUUUACCUGUGCUCAAAACCAAACACUUCUUCUUCUUCUUCUUCUUCCUCCUUGUAUUUUAACAGUACUGUACUCUGCAUCUAACAAAUCUGCCCUUUGUCUCUGUGACACUGUAAUUCUUGUUCUCUGUUGAUAUGAACCUGUAACCAGUCAAAAUCUAUUGAGCAGUCAGUACUGUAAACAAAUGGAAAGCACAAUGUUCAGGGCCAUGCAGUGUCCUUACUAUGGUGGACACAGAGAAUCAUCUCAAACUGGAAGUCCUGCUUCCCUCGUUGUCAGUCCAUGGACAAGAACAUGCUCUAUGAUUGUUGCUUGAAUUUCAGCAGAUAUUUCCACUCUUUAUCUUCCUCUUCCUCCUUGUCCCCACCUCACAUACACACUCGUCCUCUCUCAUACUUUCUUCUAGCCAUUCUCAGACUUUCUCAUUCCCACCAUCAACAACCUGUUUGCUCUCUGAACUGGCUUACAUUGGUUGUGCCACAUCAUUUGAAACAAGUGAAAUCUAUUUUGAGUGGUUGUGUUUAAUCAAUGACAUGUCUGCUCUGUUUGUAUUGAAUGUUUGCCACUUGUGUUUACCAGUAUGGAUGCAUUAGAGUGCAGAAUGUGUUUUAAAGAAUGAGUUUAGAUGUUUGCUGAAAAGUGUAAGUGAGAUCUGCACAUUGUGUUUUACAAUGUGACAGACUGGAUAAUUAGCUAAAUGAGUUCAGGAAACAGUGGGUUUCAGUGUUUUAGCAAUUGAAAAAACUGUAAAUCAGACCUGAACCUUUCCCUAACUUUUCCAUAACCUUUCCAUAACCUUUUCUACCUGCACAGAUCAGUUCGGAUCAGAAAACACUCAGCGUCAUAGGUCAAGAGUGUUACAUUUGAUAUAUUUGCACUGAAGAGUUACUGUCUGCUGACUGUAAUGCAUUAUGUUCAGGAGGAUCACGAGGUUUGAUCGUUUUUUAUCAUCUGCACGAGAAAUAAUUCUCAAAUAACAAAUAAAUGUUUUACUGAUCAAAGUCAAAUCAAUCAGCAACAUAUGAUCAGUGAUCGAAUGGAAAACA